UUCAUUCUCCCUCCAAUCACCUCCGAAUUGAAUGAAAUCCUCAAAUUCAUACAUACUAUCCGUUCCGUUUCCGUUUUCCAUUUAAAACCGUGCGUGGCGAGCAAACUGGCCAACUCCACGCACGCUCCUCCAAAACCCAAACCCAUCCAUGAGCCGCCUGGAGGUGGCCGAGAUCGUCCUCCUCGCCGCGGCCGCCUCCUCCUUGGCCGCGGCGCUCAUCCUCUUCUGCCAGAAGAACCACCGAGAGAUAAGCAGGAAGCGGCCGCCGCCGGAGCUGCCGCUCUCCCACGACCCCACUGCCGUCGUCCUGACCAAGGCCAGCCGGAGCCGCCAGCUCCUCGUCCUCCUGCUAACAACGCUCUGCUCCUGCUCCUGCUCCUGCUCCGGACGGCGCCAGCGCGCGCGCGUCGAGCCGGCCUCUCAGGCGCAGUCGUCUCCGGCCGCGGCGUCGUCGAGGGAGCGGUGGUUGGGGCCGGCCUCGCGGGCCCUCUACACCAUCGACGAGGACGAGGAGGACAGCGACGAGCCACAAGAUGAGGAGCCUCCCGAGACGCCGUUCUACACGCCGGCGGCGUCGCCGGCCCGGCUGGUGAUGUGA